CCCACCCACUCUGCGAGCUGCCUGUCAGCAUUCUGCGGUACAGAAAGAUGCGCCAGAAUCCCCUUUGGAAAGAAAGCGUCACGGACUGGUGAUGAGAUCAGUCCGCCGGCGUUGUUCAUCGCAACUGCGACAAGAUGCCCAACGAAUAGAAUCCUCCAUUGCCCAGGGCAGACGUGGGCACUGCGACUGGAUAGAUCCGCCUCACCAAAUGCAUCUGGUACGCAGAGAUGCGUGGCCACGUGCGCGAGGCUUACAGCUCAGAUGCCGCGAGAUACAGCCUCGUGCAGUCACCUCGUAGGACCGGUCGGUCAGCCGCUGCCGGUGCCUGGUGAUCAACCGGCCAACCUCGAGAUGGCUGUGUUCUCACGCGUACCUCCGUUUCAAAACUGUUUACUCUCAUCUUCUCUUGCACGGCGACGACGCUUUUCACCAUCCACCAUCCCCCAUCCACCGUAAUGCCAGAGAUAUCCAUGAAGAAAGAAAUCGGAGAUACCAAAGACGUACUACAAGACAUCGUAAUCGUUGUCUCGCUCGUCUCCACGCUGGCGAAAUCAUUCGGCUCAGCGGGCGACCUCUACCGGAAGCUCAAGAAGAAGACGAAGAACACGAAGAAAGGUCUCAAGGAAGAUAUCAAGCAAGAGAUAGAAGAGCAUUUGUCUGAGCCCGAGGGCCCUGCUCGACGGGAGGCGCGCUCCGAACGUGGCAACAACCAUCACCGAAGAGAAUCCAGGAGUCGGAGUAGGCACCCACGCGAUAAGUCGUGCGACAGCGACAGAGAGUCUAUUGAGCAUUCAUAUGAGCUCGUACGCGCGGAGUAUGACCGGGGAUAUCAUCGCCUGGGCGAGAAAUUUGCUGUUGGGGAUUUGAUCACGCGGAACCAACUGCAGGCGCAGAUCAUCCUUCUGCAGCAGAGACUCCUCUACACCUACGAAGAUGUCAUCCUCCACUCUGACUUCCCACGCCACACCCCUUCAUACCAUCUGAAGGAGCUGGUCCAUACCACACGCACCGCCCGCUCAGCAGUCAUUGACGCACUCACAAUGCAGUACCAGCGCAUGCUUCCAGCGCUAGGCCCCACAGCCCCAGACCAUCUGCUCCCCGGCGCCUACCCCUCUCCACCCACGCCCACCGUGCACACGCCCGACGACGUCCUCCACGACCACCAUACCAAAACCUUGCAAUAUCAACACCACCACCGCCCUUCAUCCCGCAGUCCCGCCCGCAGUCCCUCAAAAUCCAGAACCCCCCAUCCAUCCCUCUACUGCUCCUACGCCCUUACCCUCCAACGCACGCCAACCCUCACCCUCCCCGCCCCCUUCCUGCCCGACGGAACCAACCGCUGUCCUUCCUGCUCAACCCACAUCCCCGCCUCACCCAACAAAGCGUGGGAGAUCGUCAAAGCUUCGUCACGGGAGGGGGCGCUCGACCGCACGUUUUGGGUAGGGACAAGGUUCCUAGCCAAGUGUCAUCGGGAGGGCGGCGGGCUCGCUUGUAUUUUGUGCUCGCGGUGGCGGGAGGCGGAUACGGUGUGUGGGGUGGCAGAGGCGCUUGUAGAGCAUAUUUGGAGGGACCAUGGAGUGCGCGAAUUGGAGGGGGAUGAGGACGUUGGGGAGAGGUAGGGGUGUGCAGGUUACUCUGGGGUGGGCGGAGCAUGUGGGCAUUUGACCAGGCGCUAUGGGCUUUGAGACUGUAGACUGGGAAGGGAUGAGUAGUUCAGGAAUAGGGUGUGGGUUGUAGAUAGUAGAUUGGCGAGUGACGAUGUAUAGCUAUCUGCUCUCACCUCGACAAGU